AUGUCGUCCACACCUAAGACACAGCCAAUUGCCAUCAUUGGCAUGGCCUGCCGCUUCCCAGGCGAUGCCAGUACUCCUGAACGUCUCUGGGAGCUGUGCGCGGAAGCCCAAAAUACCUGGUCCAAGGUGCCUCCGACCAGGUAUAACGGUGAUGCAUUCCAUCACCCUCGACCAGAAAACCUUGGAACCAUUCACAGCCAUGGUGGUCACUUCUUGAAUGAAGAUGUUUCGCUGUUUGAUACCUCAUUUUUCAGUCUCACUGCGGACAUAGCCAGAGCUAUGGACCCACAGAUUCGUAUGCUCUACGAAACCACAUUUGAAGCCUUUGAGUCAGCUGGCCUGACUCUGGAACAGGUUGCAGGAUCUUUGACAUCCUGCUUCGCUGGAGCUAUGUUUCACGACUACAACGAUUUGCAGGUGCAAGACAUUGACAACUUGCCCCGUUACUUCCUCACUGGAAACUCAGGUUCCCUGGUAGCGAAUCGAUUGUCGCAUUUCUUUGACCUUCAAGGUCCUAGCGUUGCUGUUGAUACAGCUUGUUCCACAGCCAUGAUUGCGCUCCAUUUAGCUUGCCAGAGUAUUCGAACUGGCGAUGCUACUAUGUCCGUUGUCGGCGGAACUAACCUGAUCCUCUUUCCGUCAUCAGGACUAGGAUUGUCCAACUUGGGACUUACAGGUCCUUCAGGUAAAUCCUUCGGUUUCGACAACCGUGCCGAAGGUUAUGGCCGUGGUGAGGGUGUCUCUACCAUUGUGCUCAAGUCUCUUGACGCUGCCAUCCGAGAUGGUGAUCCUAUCCGUGCAGUGAUCCGAGAGACAGGUUCAAAUCAGGACGGCAAGACGCCAACCAUUACUUCUCCUUCACAAGAGGCUCAAGAGGCCCUGAUCAGAGCCACUUAUGCAAGGGCUGGUUUGAACCCCAUUGACACAGGCUACGUAGAGAGCCAUGGCACAGGUACGAUUGCAGGAGACACAACAGAGACAAAGGCCCUUGGAAACACCAUUGGAAAGGGCCGAAAGCCCAAUGAGCCUCUCUAUAUCGGCUCUGUCAAAGCCAAUGUUGGACACACCGAAUCAACCAGUGGUCUUGCCGCCAUCAUCAAAGUUGUGGAAAUGUUGGAACGAGAGACUAUUCCACCACACGCGUUAUACGAGAACCCCAACGCCAAAAUUCCAUUCAAGGAGCUCAAUCUCAAGGUCCCAACAGAGUUGACGCCUUGGCCAUCAUACAGCAUGCGAAGAGUGUCCAUUAGCAACUUUGGAGCUGGAGGCACCAACACCCAUGCUAUCAUCGAAGAUGCCAGAUAUCAUGUACCCGCCAAGGCCAAUGGCGUUGCCAAAAAGGAGACACCCAAGCAACGCUACCUCUUUACUCUCAGUGCCAGAGAGGAAAAGGGUGCACGAGAGUCGAUCAAGCAGCUUGAGAGCUAUCUGGACUCUGAUUUCUCGGAAGAGCGUCUUGCCGAUCUGGCUUACACUCUAACCCAGCGACGCUCUCAGUUUGCAUGGAGGGCAGUCGUUUCAGCCGAGUCAGUCGAUGAGCUUCGCUCUGCACUGAAAGAGCCCACACUCAGCCCAUCGCAGGCUAGUUUGGCCAAGGUGCCUCGACUUGGAUUUGUCUUCACAGGACAGGGAGCUCAAUGGCAUGCUAUGGGCCGAGAGCUCAUUGCGGCUUACCCCGUAUUCCGACAGGCUCUAGAAGACGCAGACAAGCACGUCAAGUCAUUGGGCUCCCCUUGGAGUGUCAUUGAAGAGCUCUCGCGGGAUGAGAAGCAGACCCAAGUCAACAAGCCACAGUUCAGCUUCCCUCUGUCGGUUAUUAUUCAGCUGGCUGUAGUUCGGCUGCUUGAGUCUUGGGGCGUGGUUCCCAAUGCCACAACCGGCCACUCCAGUGGUGAGAUUUCAGCAGCUUAUGCAGCUAAACUGCUCACAUUCGAGGAUGCCAUCACAAUCGCCUAUGUCCGAGGCCAUCUCACGGCUGAGUAUGUGGAGGCUGGUAAGGUUCAGGGUGGUAUGACUGCGCUCGCCACCAGCAAAGAGACCGCUCAGGAAUACCUUGCAGAGAUUACCUCUGGCAAAGCUGUGGUUGGAUGUGUCAACAGCCCCAACAGCGUGACUAUCUCUGGAGAUGUUUCUGCCUUGGAGGAGCUCGAAGCGCGAGCUCAAGCCGAAGGUGCAUUCUUCCGACGUCUGAGGGUCCCGGCGGCAUACCACUCUACGCAUAUGGAUCCCCUGGCUGAGGUUUACCACUCAAGCCUCAACAAGCACUUGCAGAAGCCCGAGCUCCCAGAGUCGAACAUUAUUUUCGCCUCUCCUGUUUCUGGAAAGCGCGUCGGCAAGAGUGAGAAGAAGUCUUUGGCUGAGCCGGGACACUGGGUCCAGAACAUGGUCCAGUGCGUUCAGUUUGAAGACGCUCUGAAAGAGAUGCUCCUGUCUGAGGAGUCUGAGAAAUCUGGAGGCCAGUUUACUGUCGAUGCCAUUAUCGAGAUUGGACCUCACGGAGCUCUCCAAGGACCUAUUCGACAGAUUCUCGCUGACCCAGUCUUGAAGGAGUGCACCGCAACGAACGGUGCUUCUCUGAAACGUGGAGAGGACGCUGUUCGCACCUUGGGAAGCCUGGCAAGCCGACUCUUCUGCCAGGGAUACCCAGUCAACUUUGAGGCUGUCAACUUCCCUAACCCGACCAAGGGCUUGCAGGUUGUCCAUAACCUUCCUUCAUACCCGUGGAACCACGCGAGAUACUGGGUUGAGGCACCUGCAGUAACCGAAGCUCUAAACAGAAAAUUCCCUCACCACGACUUGCUUGGGUUGAAGGUGACUGGAUUGAACUCAGAUGUUCAUAUCUGGAGAAAUGUGCUUCGCAUUUCCAACGUUCCUUGGCUGGCCGAUCACGGUCUGCAAACACAGAUUCUUUUCCCUGGUGCCGGCUUGGCUACCAUGGCGAUUGAAGCUAUGCACCAGAUUGCCACCCCAGAAGAGCAAGCUGUUGGAGGCUACAUGCUGUACGAUGUCAACUUGUACAGUGCCCUCAUGGUGCCAACAUCAGAUGAUGGAGUGGAAGUGCAGCUGAUCCUUAAGGACCAAAGCAGUCGGACCUUGGACACUAUUACUUACAAGGAGUUCUCGAUCCUUUCCAGAGGAAGAGAUGGCAAAUGGAUUGGACACUGCAGCGGUAAAGUCGGAAUCGCCAGCGACAAGCCUCAAGUCCCUGUUGUCAUGCCUGAAGACAUCCAAACCACUUCUCUUGAUUUGGGCGUCUUCUAUGAGCAGAUUGCCAACGGAGGCCCAACUCUUGGACCCGCUUUCCAGACUGUCUCAACUGUCGAUUAUGGUAGCGGCUACGUGCUUGCGGGCAUCACUGUGGCUGACAAUGUUGCAGCCAUGCCUAAAGAGUACGAAUCCAAGUACUUCGUUCAUCCCACAACAAUGGACGCUUGCUUCCAGAUUGCUUGGAGCACCAUGCCUUCGGCUGUUUUGGAGAAGUUUGGUCUCUGCUUGCCUGAGCUUGCUGGCAAAUUAUACAUGAGCUCCAACACUAACCAGAAGCCUGGUACCAAGAUGAAGGCCGUCGCCAAGCUCACCCAUCUCGAUAACCACGGUUUCGAAGUUUCCAUCACUCUGUCCGAGAUUGAGGGCGAGCAAGAGAGGAUUGUCCUGAAUGCCGAGCGCUUAAAGGUCAAGUCUCUGGUGCUCAAGACUAUUCAGGCUUCAGAGGAGGUGGACAACACUGCUACGCUGAAGCCUGUCCACAAGCCGGACGUUACCAAGCUGUCUGCCAAGAAUCUCCAGAGCGAGAACAAGCUCAAGGAGUAUGUAAGCCUGUUUGCCCACAAGCAUCCCCGUGCCAAGAUCUUGGAAGUUGGCGCUGGUCCACGAGCUACUUCCGCCGUCAUUCUCGAGGGUCUUUCACAAGAGACUCCAGGGACAUUGGCAGUCCAAAGAUAUGACUAUGCAGAUGUCUCUGCUGAAGCACUCUCAGAGGCUGAGAAGCAAUUUGGGGCAUUCGAGAGCCAGAUCCGAUACCAGGAAUUCGAUAUUGAGAAGAGCCCUGGCGAGCAAGGCAUUAAUGCUGAAAGCUACGACUUGGUUAUUGUUUCUAACCUUCUCCAGAAUGCUACAGAUCUGAGCAAGAGUACCAAGUACAUUCGCCAUGUCUUGAAGUCUGAAGGCACAGCAUUGAUCCUGGAGAAGUCCCUGGAUGCCAAGCUGGAAUCAGUGUUGGCUGAGAACGGCUUCCACAGCUCUGAUAUUGUGGUGCACGGCUCAGAAUACUCAUUCAUCGCGGCUACCGCCACAAGCAACGCGCUUUUCCACUCUGUCAACUACCCCAAGGAGACUGUCUUGAUCCAGAUUCCCAACUCCAAGGACGCAGCACCUCAAAAGUGGCUCGAUCAGCUUAGCCAGUUGCUCCAUGAGAGCACCGGCACGGAAGUUUCGGUUGCUGAGCUUGGAAAGGCGUCGUUGAAGAACAAGACUGGUAUCAUUUGGGUGCAGAGCAAGGACAAAUUCUUGUCUGAAAUCUCCAAAGAGAACUUCGAUGCCCUCCAGACAGCACUGCUAGAGGCUGACAACCUGGUGUGGGUAUCGCACGCUGGAGAUGGCAAUGAGGGAGAAGCCGCCAUGGGUCUUGGUUUGCUGCGAACUCUCAGAGUCGAAGAUGCCUCAAAGACAUUCAUCACCCUUGACUUGGACCCACAGCAAGGAGUCUGGGAUUCAUCUGCAAUCCAAGUGAUUGACGAUGUAUUCCGCUACACUUUGAACUCCAACCGCGAGCACCGCGAGUACGAGUUCUCAGUUCGCUCAGGCCAGCUUAACAUUCUCCGAUAUAUCGGAGAACAGAGCUUCAAUGAACAGUUUGGAAGACUGCAAGGCAGAAACCCACCUCAGCUCAAGGAGUUCUCAUUCUCAGGCCCUUACACGUACUUGGAGGCUGCAAGCCCUGGUCUCUUGGACAGUCUUGUUUUCAAGGAAGACGAGGCUCUCUGGCAAUCUGGUACCUGGAACGAGGAGAUGGUUGAGAUUACGCCACAUGCAUUCGGUCUCAACUUCCGAGACGUUCUCAUCGCAAUGGACCAAAUGCAAGAGAAGAUUAUGGGUUUCGAGUGCUCAGGAUAUGUCAGCCGCGUUGGAUCCAAAGUCACCCACGUCAAGGUUGGUGACCGAGUUUGCGCCCUCAUGCAAUACGGAAACUGGGCCAACAAGAUUCGCACACCAUGGCACAGCGUCAUGCGUAUUCCAGACAGCAUGAGCCUGGAAGCCGCAGCCUCAGUUCCCAUCAUCUUUGGAACUGCGUACCACGCUCUGAUCAAGCUUGCUGAUCUGCAAGAGGGUGAAAGCAUUCUGAUUCACUCUGCCGCUGGUGGUGUCGGAUUGGCAGCCAUCGCUAUUGCGCAGUACCUGAAGGCGGAGAUUUAUGUCACCGUUGGUUCGGAAGAGAAGCGAGCAUUCCUUGAGAAGAACUACGGUAUUCCCCGCGAUCGCAUGUUUUCCAGCCGUGACAUCUCGUUCGCUGAAGACGUUAUGCGCGCUACCGGAGGAAGAGGUGUCGAUGUUUUGUUGAACUCUUUGGCAGGCCCUCUGUUGCAGGCUAGUUGGGAUUGCGUUGCUAAACUCGGCCGCUUUAUUGAACUGGGUAAACAAGACUCGCAGGGCAACAAGAGCUUGGGCAUGAAGAACUUCAGCAACUCCACAAGCUAUAUCGCAAUGGAUCUCGUGAUGCUAGGAAUUGUCAACGGAAAGACACUCUUCAACUCUUUCCGAGGCGUCGUCGAUUUGUUUGCCGCUGGAAAGAUCAAGCAUGAAGUACCUCUCUUGCUUUACGAGAUUGGCAACCUGCGAGACGCUUUCCGCCAAAUGCAGCGUGGUCGCCACAUUGGUAAAUUUGUUAUUCGCGCCACCGAAGGCGAUCUGGUACCGACUGUUGUAACCCAGGCUUCACCCAAGCUUGACCCUCUCGGUUCGUACCUGAUCAUCGGUGGAACGAGUGGUAUUGGUCAAGAAAUUGCCUUCUGGCUUGCCAAGCAAGGAGCGAAGAACCUGAUCUUGGUCUCGCGACGAGCAGAGCAGCAAGAAGAAGGCCCAGCACUUGUCGCUGCCCUUGCUGAAGCCGGAGCCCAAGCUGUGCUCCGCAGCUGCGAUGUGUCCGACAAGGCAAGCCUUGAAAAAGUUGUCACUGAAGCUCGCAAGAAGGGUCCAAUUCGCGGUGUUAUUCAGUCCGCCGUGGUUCUGGCAGACGCUGUCUUCACCAACAUGAACCAAGAGAAGUGGCAUACUGCGGUCGGUCCCAAGGUCAAGGGAACUGGAAACUUGCAUGAGCUCUUCCAAGACUCUGACCUGGAGUUCUUCAUUAUCCUUUCAUCCGCUACAUGUAUUCUUGGAAACGGUGGUCAAGCAAACUACACAGCAGGAGGAAGUUACCAGGAUGCUCUCGCAUGGAACAGAGUCAGCAAAGGCCUACCUGCUGUUUCUAUCAACAUCGGUAGUGUGCCAGCUGUUGGUGUGGCCGCUCGUGGUGGUGUCGGCAAGUUACUGGACAGAGCCGGUUACCGUGCUCAGGAAGUGUCUGAGCUCUUGAGCCUCAUUCACAUGUCUGUACUUCACCCGCAUCUGGGCCAGAUCGUCACUGGACUCAAGACCUGGACGACUCCAGGCACUCUGCAGUGGCGUUUGGAGCCACGCUUUGCACACUUGUCGCUUCCUGGUGACGGUUCUGACGGAGAAGGCUCAGCACAGCAGUCUUUGAAGGAUCGACUCAUCAACAGCUCAACCGAGACAGCUCACGGCCUGUUGGUUGAGGCUCUGAAAGAGCGUCUGGCUGAUGUCUUCGCAAUGUCUGCGUCUGAAGUCGAUGCCGAGAUGCCUCUGACAGCAUACGGUGUGGAUUCCCUAGUUGCAGGAGAGUUGCGAAACUGGCUGGUUAUCAACGUUGUUGGCGGCGUCAGUAUUUUCGAUGUCACACAGAGCAACUCACUCAAGGACUUGGCGGGUAGAUUGCAAGAGAGGCUUGCUGAGGAAGCUAAAUAA